AUGACGGGCACUGGCGCGAACAACAAUGAGGGCAGUAUAGCGGCGUUGGAUCGGUACAUUGCUCCCGGGCUGCGGCUCUGGAUGCUGAUCGCCCUGGUCUCCGGCAUAUUGCUCGUCAUGGGUCUGCUCCUUACUCACCUCUUUUCGUUGGUGAUUGUGUGUUGCUUCAUGCGAAUUCGAAUACCUCGAACGAAAAGGCAAAUCGAUCUUAUUGCAGCAAAGAGGAAAAUGCGAAAAUCAAAUCUGCCCUCAGCACAUUCGCAAGACGAACAGCGAGCUCAGCCAAUUGUGAUGAAUACAGUGAAGCAUUCAGGGCAUCAUCACAAGAGCAGCAGCAGCAGUAAUCGCCGGGAGUUUGAGGAGGAUACUGCCGAAUCGGUGCCCCUUGUUCACAAAACUUCAUCACACGCUACUACCACUGUCUAA